UCUAUCAGAGUGGGUCAGGCGGAGGCGCAUCCAAAAUUUAGCGGCCCCGCAAACAUUAUUUUCUUUUUGGUUGAACUUUCAGAUUUCUCCAACUCUCCGACUCGAACUCCCAAUUCGUACUCACCAUGCGAUAGUGCCUGGCUCAACUCUACUGGAAUGGAAUUGAAAUCUCUUUCGAGCAACUGGAAGAAACUCCAAGGGACCUUGAAGAAAAAGGACGUAUCCGCGACCUCCGCAACAGAGACAACAAAACGCAAGAGAUCGGAUCGUGAGCCGCAGAAAAAUGAUAUUGUGAAGAAAAGGAGAGUCGUCGCUGAGGGAACAGGGAAACGGACUUUGACUACUUCCGGGCUUGUUUCGAGAGAUCGGAAGAAGAGGAUGUCGCAAGAAGUGACGAAUGGAGGGGGAGAGGAUGUUGAGACUGUCGUCAAGGCUGCGGUCUCGAGGGUCAAUGAGGGGCGGGCUUCGAACGUCGAAAUAGGAAAAUAUGUUGCAAUCGACUGCGAAAUGGUCGGCGUCGGCCCAAAUCCAGACAACGACUCUGCCCUAGCCCGCGUCAGUAUUGUCGACUACAACGGCGACCAAGUAUACGACUCAUACGUGCGCCCUAAAGAGAUGGUCACGGACUGGCGAACACACGUCAGCGGGAUAGCACCCAAACACAUGAUCGACGCGCGAUCCCUCGAACAAGUCCAGAAAGAAGUCGCGGAGAUAUUAAACGGCCGGAUCCUUAUCGGCCAUGCGCUGCGAAAUGACCUAGACGCUCUCUUACUCUGUCACCCGAAGCGCGAUAUUAGAGACACGAGCAAGCAUCCGCCGUAUCGGAAGAUUGCAGGUGGAGGCUCGCCGCGGUUGAAGAUUUUGGCGUCAGAGUUACUGGGAUUGCAGAUUCAGGGUGGUGCGCACUCGAGUGUGGAGGAUGCGAAGGCGACUAUGCUGCUGUAUCGAAGGGAUAAAGACGAGUUCGAGCGAGAACACUUGAAGAAGUGGCCUGUCAGAGUUGUGCCAGAGAAUAAGGAGAAGGGGGAGGGUGAUAAGAAGAAGAAAAAGAAGAAGAAGAAGACCCGCAAGAGGUGAAACUUUUUUGAUAUACUAAUUAUUAGAUAUACCCCAGUCUACUUGAAUUCUAUUCGCCAUCUUCAUUCACUACAUGGAUCUCUACAAGCA